ACUUUCUAUACAAAUGUGUCGUGUUGCUUCAUCCUUCUUUCGCAACUCUUUGUGUGUGAAAAGGGAUUUUAAUUUUUAAAUUAAUGAUAAUACUAAUUGAUAGUAGUAAAAAACUAAUAAAGCGAAGAUGUCUUUCUCAAAGCGAAUUCUAAAAUCAGUUGAUAUACGAUGGCGAUGUCAACGAUUCUACGCAGCCAAGACCGAUUUGAAGACUUUUGGCCAGAAGAAGCAACAUUAUGGGAACUUAUUCCCAGACAAGUUACUUAGUAAAAAACAGAAGACACCUGCUACUAUGUAUUUGGCUAAUUACAAGGCUGCUACAGCUGUGGAUGAAUUGCUCGAUCCAUACAUUAAACAUAGUUCUUGCGACACCAUAUUGGAAAUGAAUCCAGGAAUUGGUUUAUUUACACGGAAAUUGCUUGAUAGGGAGGAUAAGUUUAGGAAAAUUUUACUUAUGGAAUCAAUGGAUUUCUUCAUGGAUAAUUUGCAAGAAAUGCAUUCUUUAUAUCCGCAUAAGGUUAAAGUGAAAAAUUGUGAUUUUGCCAAUAUUUGGAAAGUCGUCUAUCAAGACAAAAUAGAUAAUGGCACAAGAGUGGAAGAGCUUUUUCGGGAUAUUCCGAGAAGGCCUUAUAAUGAAGACUGCAAUAUGAUGAUGUUCGGCGCUAUUGGUUCCUAUCCAUUUUUCAAGCAUCUUAUCAAUUCCAUUGUCUUCCAGAAUAGUUUUCUUAACAUUGGUAGGGCGGAAAUGUAUUUUGCACUACCACCACCCCUUUAUUUGCAUUUAACCUGCUCAAACGACAUUGGUUACAUGAUAUACAGAUCGACAACGAUAUUAUUUCAAAUACUUUUCGAAUACAAAUUCAUAGGGUGUUUGCCACGGGAAGACUUUUUGCCACAACAAACCGAAUAUAAUACAUCGAAGGGCAGCAAACUGCGAAGGGUCCGUUCUAUAAACCCGGAAAACCUAUACCUUGUGAGAAUCGUGCCGAGAAAAAAUAUAUUUGAUUAUGUGUCAACUGAAGAUUUGCCAGCUCUUUGGUACUUUAUAAAACAAAAUUGCGUUAGUCGUCGAAAUCGCAUCAUACCAAAUCUCGAAAAAUGGAUACCCGGCUGUGGCCCAAGACUUAUUGUAAAUAAACGCCAAUCUGAAGUCUCAACAAUGCUAUAUCCCGAUGAAGAUAUAAGUAAAUUGCCCAAAUAUUCAAUACCAUGCAAGACAAUUAGCAAUCAGGAUUAUUAUCCAAAUAUCAAUAUAUAUACACAAUUUGGAGAUUUAGCGCCGAGUCAAUUUCUAACAUUGUUUUCGAUGUUUCGCAAAUGGCCAGAAUAUGGGGAAAGCUCUUUCUUGGCUUCAUACGAGAAUAAUAUGUUGAAAAUGGAAGCAUCGGCGGAAGAUUCUGUAGAUGGUAUGGUUGAAGAGGACGAUGAUGAUGUGUCAACAGAAGAAAGAUCACUAAAAGACGCUCCACUGGAACCAGAAACAAUUCAAAAAUCGAAAAGAAGUCGCAUUAAAGAUAAAGAGUCAUAAAAUUUUAUUGAAUAUUUAUUAAACGUUGUUUUCUUAUCAUUUUGUUUAUAAAAUUGUAUUUGUUAAUUUUUACUGUCAAUAUAGGUGAAAUAAAUUUCGUUUAUUUUGUUUUCAAUUUGGA